AUGCCGGCUUCAAAUGGCGACCUGUCUCAUCCGGUCACCGACUCCUCAUUAUACCUCACGCCAUCAAAACGAAAGCAUAAUCCAACAUCCGCGCAAGAAACUGAACCUGCUGAAUCCGCUGGUGAUCCUACGCUUCCUAAGGGUGAACCUACAGAUGAUUCCCUUGCCAUCUCCCUUAGAGAUAUAUUGGAAGUCGUAUCUGAGUAUGAUUCCGAGCUCAAGUUACUCCAGUACCCUCUACCGUCAAAAUCACACUCAGAACCUGAUAACAAGCGCACGAAAUUAUCAGAGCCAGAAGGCAGGGCAACCAUUGAAUCAAAAAUCAACAAGAAGGAAUACAAAUCCCUACAAGAGUUCACUGAUGAUGUUGAAACAGUCUCAGGGCUGGUUGCUAGUGACAAUGUACAAUCACCAGGUCAACCAGGGAACCUGGAAAUAUUAAGUGUAAAUGAACGCUCGAAGAAAGCCAACUCGUUCAAGAGGCAUCUAAACACCUUACUUCUCAGAACUAGGCGUCUUCAGUCACAGAUUGUUAAGCCUGAACCUGGACAAGACCAAGAUGAUUCAUCUCAGGCGUACCCAUUACGCGUGCUACCUCCUCGAGAAGAUCGAGCCAUUCUCACCGUUACGGUCGGAAACCCACCGCGAACUUAUUUCUCAAGCUUCCAAACCAAAACAGAUUCAUCGCGUUCUAUGUCGACCACAACAGAUGGAGAGCCAUCCCCGCGCAUCGACGAAUCUACUCUACCCAGCGACAUCAGGGUUUCAAAGGUCAUCCCAUACAACGUGACCCACUUCCAAAAAGAAAAGGGCGUAACGAGAACUUUUGGCGAGGUUUUUCAAUCCCCAUCUCAUCUUGCUCAGCUGAUACGCCCGCAAAAAAGUAAGCCUUCGACUAGUGACAAUGUGGUGCGCUGGCUCCAGCCUGUGGAUAUCUUAGCUGCUUCUUCGAGAACGUUCUCCGGUCAAAAGCUAUAUAACAACAAACCGUUGCGCCCAGGACACUGGUUAGACUAUGGUCGAGGGAUAUCUCGCGCUAAAUUCACAAGUUCUUUUUCCUCUGGUGGAGAUAGCGGGGUCGCAGGCUCCGACACAGAGGAAUCGCUGUUUAGAUCCGUUUAUUCUUCCUUCGCCCCGAAUUACGAUAGUGGAGGAGCUGUUAUGCGCAAGGAUAUUCAAUACCUAGCAUAUUGGGAUAAACGUGGAAGAGAUCAGUUCAAUCGCUUAUUCCCCGAUUGGGACCUGCACGAUGUAGAGCCAGUGCGACAACUUUUCGAGAAAACGGCCCUAGAACCGGAGCCCCUGAACGAUGCUGAUCUACAGCAAGCGAUUGAAUCCUUUGAUCCAGAUAUAGACAUGAACGGUCCCGCAAAGGACAAAACAACCGAUGUUGAGAGCUCCAACGAGGAUGUUGAGCAAAUUCUAGACGAGAUUUCUAAUCUUUUGAGAACCUUGCAUUCUUAUCGUCAUUUGCGCAAUCUUUACCCCCCGCCUGGACAACUCCCAAGUAUCGAUUCCAAUGCAUUUGGCCAGCUCUCAGACGUACCCUCGGAGGAAGAGAAAGCCACCUUUGAAACUCUAAAGCAAAGUCUCUCGUCAAUGGUAGCGUUAUUACCACCGUACGCUGUUGCUAAACUGGACGCGGAUCAGCUCGCGGAGCUAAAUAUAAAUACAACAAUUAGACAGGACGCUAUUGACUACGCUGGCACGAUGGAAGAGGAUGAAUGGACCAUUCGGCAGAAGCAUGCACCCAGGGUUCCUCAAGCUGUCAGCCGCUCCCCAGCUCCCAGCACUCAUCCUCCAAGAGCCUCGACUUACCAGACACCGCAACACCCGAACAUUGCUCCGCAUCAGCGAUACCAACCCGCUCCUCCUCGUACUAGAAACGCUUCGGCAAAUUAUCAAUCCCCCCAAGGUUAUGCUACUCGCCAACAGUCUCAAGCUAUCCAAUAUCAGCAGACUCAUCCUUCCCAAGGGUAUGCCACAACACCUCAACCUUCCCAGCGCUAUGUACAACAACCCUAUCAACAGAAUUCGCCAGCACCCCAAUACACUCGUGCCGGGAUGCUACAGCAAUUCCAAAGACCAAGCCAAAAUACCCCAAACGCGUAUACCAGCCAAAGGGGCCUCUCGCCAUCGCAAACACCUCAACCACAGUACCCUCGACCAGUGCCUCAAGCAAACUAUCAACCGCGACCCAGCGUUGCAUCUCCUCACAGGCCGACAAGUUAUGUCCAAACUCCACAGCGACAGCCAUACAUGAACCCGCAGUCUAUUGGCACGCAACCUCGGUAUUUCCAACAACAAGGCCAGUCAGCAACCCAUUAUCCGAACUUCCCUUCCAACCAAGCCAGCCCCAUUCCAUCAACGUAUUCAAACAGCGCGGCUGCUAUGGCCUAUUCACGCAGUGCCGCUGAACAGGCAGCGCUUAUCGAACGCAACAGGACUCCAUUAAUGGAAGCUCAACGCAGGGCUACACCUCUUACACAACCUCCUUCACAUAAUAAUCAAGGAAAUAUCCCUAGCAAUGCUACCCGCCAACAACUCACUCCGAAGCCCCAAAUACCCUAG